AUGAUUCGUAUAUUGUUAAACUUUUUACAUCUAUCUCUUAUUUAUAACUUCUGUAUCAAUGGUCUACCAAUUAUAGAACAAAUAUCUGAUAUUGAAAAUAGUACUUUGAAUGCUGCACAACGUGCUAUGCUUUCUGAAUAUCAAAUGGACAAAUUACCAGCUGCUUUACGUAUUUCACAAAUCAUACCAAAAUUUAAACCACCGAAAAAAUUUAAUUUAUCACAAAUAGCAAAAGAUAUAAAAAAUAUUGGUAUUCAUAGUUUAAAAGAUGAGAAACAUUUAGAAGGUUUACCAUUAGAACGUGAUGGAAAAAUAAAUCCAGAUUUUCAUAAAGAAAUAUUUUUGGGUAAUCAUGAAUUAUUUGAAUCAGAUAUUCAAAAUGAUGAAGGAAAACGAAAUAAAAAAUUAGAAGAAAUAUUUAAUGAAGCUGAUGGUGAUCAUAAUCAACAAUUAACAAAAGAUGAAUUACUUAAUUAUGUUUUAAAGAAUGUUAAUCAACAUAUACAAGAAGCUAAAGAUAGAAAUACACAAUUAUUUUUAUUAAUUGAUUCAAAUCAAGAUGGUAAAGUGACAUGGCAUGAAUAUUUUGCUUUAUAUGUUAAAUUUCACGAUAUAAAUUCAACGAGUGUCAAAGAAUCGGAUACUUUUGAUUUUGUUCAAGGACCAUUUGAUAAUAAUUUUCAACGAGAAUUAGUGAAAAUUCGAUUUCGUUGGACAGAAGCUGAUGUUGGUGGUGAUAAUGAACUUGAUAUUGAUGAAUUUCUUGCUUUUCGUCAUCCAGAAAUAGCUGGUCAUUCAUAUAAACAUGUUGUUGAUGAUCUUAUUUUACAAAUGGAUCGUAAUGAUGAUCAACAAUUAAAUGAAACUGAAUUUGCAUUUUUACCUUCAAGUGUAUUAGAAGAUGGUGGAAAUAAAGAAUGGGUGGAAAUGGAUAAACGAUGGUUAGAAGAACAAAAAAGAGAAUUUCAUGAAAUGGAUGAAAAUAAUGAUGGAAUUUUAACAAAAGAUGAAUUAUUAAAAGCAUAUGAUCCAAUGAAUCGUGUUCAUAUAAAUAAUCAAAUAAAAAAAUUAUUUGAAAGAGUUGAUGAUUCUCCAUCAGAUAAUAUUUUAACAUUAAAUGAAAUACAAAAACAUGCUGAUGUAUUUACUGAUAUGCGUAUUCUAGAUACAGAAAAAGCAUUACAUGACGAAAUGUAA